GGCCAAAAAAUUAAGUAUUGCAUGAGAUCUCAAUCCGUGUUUUUCCUAUUUUUAAGGGACACAAAAUCAAUUUUAUAAGUUGUUGGAUUGAAGAAACUUUUGUGUAAGGAGGAAAACUCUAUCCAAUUGCUAGAUUCAUUGUUUUAAUCGCUGUUUUCAACUGUCGUUGAGUGUUUUUUUAUAUUUUUCAAAAGACCGUUUUUUGUUCUCACUAUAAAAACCAUUGUAGUUGAGAACGACUUCCAGAAAGCGGAUCGAAUCCGAGGCCAAUGGAUUAUGUUUGCGAAAUCUCUGAUAAAGUGGCGCUAACAAAGCAGUAAUUACAACGUUUAAGGACAGGAAUCUUAAAAGACAGGUAUUUAACCGAAAAGGAGGUGGAAAACAAGAAGAUGCCGAGCAUUUACUAUCAGAUAGCAUUGGGAAGAGUGGGAGUAGCAAUGGCAAAACCCUCGGGUUUCAGAGCCGACCAACCCCUCGCACCUGAUCUCUCCGCCGACCGUUCGAUCCACCGAGGAGGGCCCUCCUCCACCUCCCCCCGCCGCGACAUCGUUUUCGUCGUCAAUCCCCGAGGUGCAAAUGGUAGAACGGGUAAGGAGUGGAAGAAAUUACUUCCGUAUCUAAGGUCCCGCCUUGGUAGAGACUGCAAUAUAUGUGAGUCCUUGACUUCAGGUCCUUCUCAUGCAAUUGACAUAACGAGGGAGGCUAUACGGGAGGGUGCAGAUGCUGUGGUUGCAGUUGGAGGUGAUGGAACUCUUCAUGAGGUUGUUAAUGGCUUCUUCUGGGAUGGAAAACCUGUUGCUAAUAAUGAAAGAGAGGUUGCUCAUCCAACUGCACUUGGUCUCAUACCCCUAGGGACUGGGUCUGAUUUUGCAAGAACAUUUGGCUGGAAAAAUGAUCCUCAUGAAGCCAUUGAACGCAUAGCUAAAGGGCUGAGAUCAAGGAUAGAUGUUGGGGUUAUUAGUAGAGAACAUGGAGAAUUACACUACUUCAUUAAUGUUGCUGAUAUUCAUUUGAGUGCAAAGGCAGGUUAUUAUGCUUCUAGAUACAAGAGAUUCGGAAAUUUGUGCUAUGUUCUUGGUGCUUUGCAAGCCUUUGUGGGGCACCGUAAUGAAGACCUUAGAAUCAGGGUCAAUGGGGGUGAGUGGGAAGUAUAUUCUCAAGUGACAGCCCUUUGCAUAGGAAAUGCUAAAUAUUUUGGUGGUGGCAUGAAGAUUACACCAAAUGCUCACCCUUGCAACGGAAAUUUGGAGGUUGUGAUUCUUCAGGACUUCAAGUGGUAUGACUUUAUCCUAAAACUACAUAAGCUAUACAAGGGAACCCAUUUAUCGGUCAAAAAUGUAUCUUCUAGAAGUGUGCAGUCUAUUGAAGUGGAGCACCUCUCAGGCGGUGGCAGCAUAUACAUUCAAUCUGAUGGAGAACACUUAGGCUUCCUUCCUAGGAAGAUUUGCAAUAUACCUGCUGCUAUUGAGUUGAUAUGCUGAUACAAGCCCUGGAAGGAAAAGCAGAAUGAGCGAAAGGAGCAACCCAACCAAUGGAAUUAAUGUGUGAGUCUUUCUGAAGAGAUGGAAAAUAAGUGACAUGUAUGGAAUUGAUUUGAAGAAUCCAAGAAUCCCUUAAGAAAAGAAAAGUUAAGUCUUGAGAUUUUGUCUGUUUUUACCAAUGAUGCCAAGCAAUUUUUCUGUUGUGUUUGGACUUGGCAGUUCCAAGUAGAUGGCCCAUUCGUUUUGUUUGCGUUGACAAAUGUCGUGUAAUGUUGACCUUUCACUAGCACUCUCCCUGCCGAAUGUGGCUUGAAAGAAUUAAAGGGACAAUAACUGAUGAAUCUUUUAUUUUACUUUCUAGUCAUUGAUGUCGUUAGACAACGACAUGAAUUCUUGCUAUAAA